CGGGGCAGAGCUCAGAGUAGAGAGUGCAGCUGUUUGGAAUCAUGACUGAAGAUGACGGAUACUGUUGUCGUGGAGGGACAAGUCAAAUUCAGAGAUGGAAAAAAGUGGAAGAGUAGGUGGGUGGCGCUCCGAAAGCCUUCGCCAGUAGCUGACUGCCUACUGCUCCUGGCCUACAAGGACAAGGCAGAUAAAGCCAAAGGCCACAAGGAGAGGAGCAGCGUCACGCUGGAGGACAUCUAUGGCCUGGAGCCCAUUGUGUCGUACGAGGGACUCCCCUACACCCUGGCCAUCCUGUGCCUGUCUCAGCCCGUGAUGCUGGGGUUUGAGAGCCGGGACUCCCUGCUGGCUUGGGAUGCCCGGAUACGCUACAGCCUUGGGGAAGUCCACCGCUUCAGCGUUGGGGUCCAGCCUGGUACCAAGCUGGAGAGCGGCCCGGCGACCCUUCACCUCUGCAACAACCUGCUGGGCAUCGCCCGGGACCUCCCCCCGGUCAUCGCGGGCCAAUGGAAGCUGUCGGACCUGCGGCGAUACGGGGCGGUCCCCAACGGCUUCGUGUUCGAGGGCGGCACGCGCUGCGGCUACUGGGCUGGAGUCUUCUUUCUGUCUUGCAGUGAGGGGGAGCAGAUCAGCUUUCUGUUUGACUGCAUCGUGCGCGGCAUCUCGCCCACCCGAGGCCCGUUCGGCCUGCGCCCGUCUCUGCCAGACCCCAGCGCCGACCCCGCGCUGGCAGAGCAGAGGCUGAAUCUGGAGGCCCAGGAGCUGGAGAAACGCCUCAGCAUGCUGUCCCACUGCAGCCGCCAGAGCAGCUCAGCCUCCACAUACAGCUACGGCACCUCAGUUACCGGGGACGACCGGAGCAUCUCCAGCUCCUCCUCCGAGGCCAGCCAAUCAGACACCAGCAUCGGGAGCCGCCUUACCAUGUGGGCGGAGCCUGUGAUGAGCCCCGCCCCAGCAGAGUCCCUGGGCCCGCCUCCAGGCAGGGGCGCGCUGCACGGCGAGGAGAAGCUGUACGCCGCGGGUGUGGGCGGAGCCAGAGUGCCGGCCAAGCCCCCUCGCUCCAGGAGGCUGCAGGAGAUUGGCCGGCAGAGCUCCUCGGACAGCGGCAUCGCCACAGGGAGCCACUCCUCCUACACCGGAAGCUUCUCCUCCUAUGCAGGCAGCAUCGACACCUCCCAGGGGGAUGAGUUUGGGUCCCUGCUCAGCCUGCCGCCCAGCCACGCCCCCUCCGACCAGGGCCCCUGCAGCUGCCCCGCCCCUGAAGACCCCGGGGCCGAAUACCAGGCCCCCGCCGCCCUCCGACAGCUCUACGACACGCCCAGGAGCCUGUUCCAGGGCCCGCCCCCAAAGGACCAGGCCUCUCUCCCAUCAUCCCGCCCCCCGGGGGGCGGAGCAUGGGGCGGGGCCAGCACAGACUCUAUUCCUAAGUGGCCAGCCCCACAGAGUCAGGGGCAGGCUUCGGACUGCCCGAUUGGCCAGACGGCUCCCUCUGCUGACCUCAGCGGGAUCUGCAGCCCCCAGCCCGGGAUCCCCAGGCCCCUGUUUGAGGCCUGCCCCGUGUGCGGUGGACUGAAGGGGACAUUGCCCACACAAUCAGGAGUCCUAGCCAUGCCAGCUAUACCAGGUCUUGAGGCUAAGGGGCGAUGCCAGUGUGGACCUGCGAGCCGAGCAGAAUACCAGUGGACCACAGAGGACACCGGGGAUGGAGAUCCACCCACUGCCUCCCGGCUCCAUGGAAACGGACCAUGGCAGGUGCUACAGAGGACCAAUGGAACAGAGGCACUCCGAAGGAACCUCCAGAAGCAGCAGAACCCAUUGGGCCUGUUCUCGGGGCUCUACGGACAGCACCACACCGCCGGACACCGUGGCUCGAAAACGGGCGGGUUGAAUGUUUAUGAAACCAUGACAUCUGCUCUUCGUUGUGGACUGCGGACCGGACCACACUCCUCACGGAGGUCCUGGAGAGUCUGGGAGAAGGACGAGAGGAAUGAGAGCAGGGGAGGCGGAAACAUCCAAACAUCACCCCCAUCCACAGGCCUCCCGUCGGAUGUCCCGAGCAGCCCUCCUCUGGGUCCCGGGAAGGAGGCGCUGCCUCAGAAGGAGGUGCCACCUCAGGGAGUGGAUGGGUCCACACCCAUGAAGCCCGAUAUGGAGAGGGGCUGCUCCCCCCCUGACAUAGACCGCCUGUGCCAGGAGGUCAUUGGUCACUCGGCAACAGAAGAUGACAAGAAGCCCCAGAGGAAGGAGGACUGCACAUCGGGCGUGGUGUAUGAGAUCACGGAAGGCUGCGGCACAGAAAAGAGUGCAGAGACAGAGGAUAGGGGGCGGAGCCUGGAGAUGACGGGCAGCCGGGGGCAGCAGAAGAUCCUGUACGAGGCAGAAGGGGCUGCUUCUGCAAGCUCCACCAGCACAUCGAAGGUCCACAGGCAGAGUUCAGCCACCGAUCCCAAGGGAAGCUAUGAGCCCAUGGCCUCAACUGCUGACCCCCCGAAGCGAUUCGAACCCUGUGCAGGAGAGUACGGGGGCGCGUUUGUGUUCCCGCCGGAGGCAUCCCACGCAGGGGGCGUGACGGACAGGUCCCGCGGCGACGGGGUGACCUACGUGAACAUCCCCAUCAGCCCCACCUCCAAAAAGCAGCUCCACUACAUGGAGCUGGAGCUGCAGGAGCCGGGAUCGGGAGUCAGAGGUAACCCUGUUCAGCUGCGUAGACAUAGAGGGGGCUCCACCAAGUACGCCCAGAUUGACAUCGCUGCCACGGAGACGGCUCACAGGGUGGGGAGCCAGCAUGCUCAGGGGCGUGAGGAUCGGCUGCAGGAACUGGAGCAGAAGAGGAAGGGGGCGCAGCAGUGACGCGUACCCCUGAACAUCACCGCACCACACCCCCCAGCCCUGCUGCAAUGCCCGGCAUGAUGAUCGAAAAGCGUGGCUGUCCUGCAGCAUGUGACCACAUGCUGUCCGCCCUUCCGUCCGUCUGGGGGAUAGAGAUGUGGUCUCUCCCUGCCAGAAGCCCCGAAAUGGCAAUCAAACGGACCGAUUUAAACCUUCCUGUCCUGGGACGUUUCUCAAGGCCCAGUUCUGCGUUUGGGUUAGAUGAGAUUUGACUUUGAAGGCAUUAGCUCAGCUGCUCUGCCUUGCUCCGCCCACCUCCAGGGAACUCCGCCCAUCCGGCUGCAAUGCUGCUCAGUGACCUCGGCCACCGGGCUCAGCUCAUUGGUUCUGGCAACGUGUGCUUGUCUCUGUUGAAGCCAGGCAGCCAAUCGUGUGGCGCCAUGUUGCUUUGCUACGUUUGAGGAUCCCGCUGCCAGCCCGCCUGCUUUAAACGGACUCUACUACUCACCCGCCAACGCUGAGGUCACACUUACAUAUAACUUGCAUAUAACUUUUGUUACUUCCCAUCUUGCAUGAGGAAUAUAGAUUUAUCUACCUAUUUUUUUACAGAGAACUUUUUUGCUUUGUUUUACACAGCCAUCAACUUGCACACAAUAAGAUUCCAAAAUAACAUUUCACAGUAAUGAAUGUAAAUACCUCUGUAUAAUUAGUCUUACAGUGCACACACACCACAACUGAAGUUUAAACAGCCGUUUGGAACAGAUGCACAAAAGCAGGACGUAAAUUAAAUGGUUAGCCAGGAAAAUGGACGGGUGUUUAUAUACCUAAGGCGGAAAAUUCAGACCCACAAGUCAGAUAUUGUAGUUGAGGAAUAAACAACAGCAGCGUUGGCUGUUGGUUGUUUCCACUCUUCAAAGUCUCCCUUUUAAUAACUUGUUUGCUGUCGAUGUCACUUUGUUGAGGCAGAAUUGCGUCAGAAAGAAGCCUGCACUGGGACUUUAUUAUGCAAAUACCAUACCACAGAUUUUUUUUUCUUUUUUUUUUACCAGGUAGUCAUUUGUCUUUAUUCAAUGUGCAAACCUAUUUUUGUUAUUUAUUUUUUUCCACUUAGCAUGGGAAUGCUUAUUAUAUGAACUUGGCUAUUAUAAGAUUAGUUGUGAAUAUUUGUUACAUAUUGUAGUUGGUCAUGGCACCUCAUUUUAAUCCAUUACAUAUUUGUUUUCCUUAUCCACAGGGAUAAGAUACUUUGACUUCCUGUAAACAUCCUGUGCUUGACCUCACAUCGUACAUGUACAGAAUUAUUUCAAACGAGAACAGGAAGCAAGCAAUCUUUUUGUUCAGAAUAAUUAUUUUCUCUGAUCUUUGUACUUCUAAUAAAUAACACCGUGCCAGCG